ACGAACCAGUGUCGAUAAACCCUAUUCUCACGUUGACCCAACGCAGCUCGAAAACAAUGAGCUUUCUCCUCCGUUCUGGCGGCCGCCACCGCCUCCUCCUCCUCUCCUCCUCCUCCUCCUCCAGCGCGAUCCGAUGUCUCCGCCGCUUCUCCCCAGCGGGUGCCGCGGCGAAGGAUGACUCGGAUGACCUCGAGCCCAUCGACCCGCGGAAGCUCCCCGCCGACUACGACCUCGCCACCUUCGACCCGGCGGCCCCACGGCGGAGCCCCCCUACCGAACGCGUCUGGCGUCUCGUCGACGAGAUCGCCGCCCUCUCCCUCGCCGACGUCGCGGAGCUCUCCUGCAUCCUCCGGCAGAAGAUGGGCAUGGAGGAGCCCCCGGCGAUCGGCAUCGCCAACGCCGGCGUCGGCGGGGCCGGGGCGUCCGCCGCAGGUGCGGCGGCGGCCGGAAAGGAGGAGGCAAAGAAGCAAGAGAAGACGGUGUUCGAGCUGAGGCUGGACUCGUACGAAGCGGCGUCCAAGAUCAAGGUGAUCAAGGAGAUCAGGGUAUUCACCGACUUGGGGCUGAAGGAGGCGAAGGAUUUGGUGGAGAAGGCACCCACGGUGAUCAAAAAGGGGCUCUCCAAGGAGGAGGCGGAGCAGAUCAUCGAGAAGAUGAAGGCCGUUGGCGCCAAAGUCGUGAUGGAAUGACAAGUGAGUGACUUCUGCACUUUUUUUCUCUCAACGUAUCUGUUAAUUGUGCACCUACAAAUUCGAAGCCAAGUUUAUAUAUAUAUUUUUUAAUCUUCACAACACAUUAUAUUUAUGUUCUAUCUAAAUUAGGGGAGUUUGAGGAAAUGGCAGGAGUUGGCUUGUUCAGUAGUGCUCUGACUUUCAUUGUUGUAUCACUCAUCUAGUUUUGCCAUUCUCAUGUUUGAAUUAUACUUGAUUUGCUGAGAACAUACUAUUCAACUUGUUAUGCGAGUGUGGUUGUAUUUCCUCUA